AUGAGCGACGGCGGUUCGGGUGCGGCGCCGCUGGAGUUCCCCUCUGCGGAGUGGCGGCGCGUCUACGACCGGCUCAUGGGGUUGCUGCCGCAGGUCGAGGCGCUCGCCGCCGACCGCGCGCGCCUGGAGGAAAUCAACAGGCUCUCGGAAGCCCGCGAGAAGAGCCUCCGUGCCCGCCUCCUCCAGGUGACUGGUGAGGAUACUAAUGAGAUGGAUCUUGAACAGUGCACUGUCAUGGGAUCAGAUACGAUCUACGAUGUCAAGGAUAAGAUUCGAGACAAGGAGGGCAUCCCUGAAGGCCAGCAGAGACUCAUGUUUGGCAGUGAGCUGCUGAUGGACAGCUGCACCCUGGAGUACUACAACAUUGAGGAAGAGUCCACGCUCACCCUUGACCUUGUCCCCCGAGGGAUGCAUAUCUUUGUCAAGACACUGACUAACAAGAUCAUGACUAUUGAGAUGCUCAACUACCGCGCCGACGCCAUCCUCGCGCCCAAGCUCGACUUCUUCCGCCGGGACCUGGGCCUCACCGACGACCGCAUCCGCAAGAUCAUCCUCUCCAACCCGUACCGCUCCCUCUGCUACAGCCUCGAGCGCCGCCUCCGCCCCAACUUCCUCCUCCUCAGGGAGCUCCUCGGCACCGACCAGAACGCGCGCUCCGCCGUCAAGAAUUCCUUGGAGCUCAUCCACGGCAACGUCCGCUCCGACCUGCUCCCCAAGGUCAAGAUCCUCCGCGACCAUGGCGCCACGAACGCUGUCAUCGUCAAGCUGGUCACCACGCACCCCAGGUCGCUCAUUCACAGGUCCUCCUUCUUCAACGAGAGCCUGGCUGCCAUGAAAGAGCUCGGGGUCAGCCCGUCCUCUGGCAUCUUCCCUUACGCCUUUGGGCUGUUUGCCAGACUGAGUCCGGUGACAUGGAAGCGCAGGAUCGACAAUUAUCUCAGCUUGGGGUGGACCGAGGAGCUGGUGAAGCUGGCCUUUGUCAGGCACCCCUACUGCAUGUCUGUAUCAGAUGACAAAGUGAGGCGUAUCUCGCACUUCUUUGCUGAUAAGCUUGGCUGGACCCCAGAGUAUGUUUCAGCUAGCCCGAUGCUUAUCUCUCUCAGCUACGAGAAGCGGCUCCUACCAAGGUACCAGGUGCUGGACAUAUUGGUGUCAAGGGGUGUCAUCCGGCGCAUCCGAAUAAGCCACUUGAUACUGGGGGAGAAGAAGUUCAUGGAGAAGUAUGUCACUGGUUACCAGCAAACUAUUCCUGAAGUUCUGGAAGCUUAUAGAGGAGCUGGGACAGACAGUGCUGUGACUGUGAAGUAG